GUAUACAUUGUGGAAUGAACCUAUCAAGCAAAUUAACAUAUCCAUGUUUCCUUAUUUUACAAUAUUGGUGUAGAAUAUUCUUAAGAGAUUGAGGAGGAGAAAAGAAGUACAUAUAUUGCCCACUCACUAAUUUUAACAUUUAAUCUAACUUAGGUCUCACAACAGCUCUGGAAGUAAUCAAGUAACCCUCAUUUAACCAUGUGAAAACAGAGAUUCAGGAGCGCCAAGUAACUGGCCCACUUUCACUGACACAGCAGAGCUAGGACUAGACCAGCUGUGUCCAAAGGUCAUGUCUUCCCAUCAACCACAAUAUUUUACUUCAGCAGAGGUCAUGCAGAUAUCUGUAAAACCACUGCUUUUCAAGAGAAAACAGUUCUAAACAGCCUUUUAUAGAACAUAGUGCUAUACAUAUCACAUUCAUAUUAACAUGAAAAACCAUCUAUAUGGGUUCCUAUAGUUCAUCAAAAAACUACCACAACAAUGUUAAAGCAAUUAUACCUUCCAUAUGAAGUGUUACAUUUUAAACAAAUUACUUGAUGAUUCCAUUAAAAGGAAUAAAAAUAAUGUAAUUGACAUAGAUGAGAUUAGCACCUUUCCCCAUUCAUUUUAUGAUAUACCUUUUAAAGUCAUCAUCAUCAUCAAAUAAUAUUUAUUACACAUUGUAAUUCCUAGAAGAGCAGGAUUUAGACUGAAAAACAUAACUGAGUUACAAGCAAGACUUAUUGCUUAUUUAAUGUAUCAUAGACUGCUAUAGAAGUGUUAUGUUUUAUGUAAUGAUUAGGAAAAUCUUUGCAUUAAUUUGUGGAAAAAAUACAGAAAAAUCAAAAGCCUACAAACAUUUUUGUACAACUUUGAAUUUAACUAUUUCCCCUAAGAAACCAAAGAUACAUUUGUUUCUUCUCUGCCUUAACAUUCAAUCGAAUUGAAAAAGCUAGGAGAAAAGGAAAUAAAUAUGGAUUUUUUUAAUGGUAAAGUGCUUGAUAUUGCUGUUCAUUAUAACUUAACUAUUAAACAACUUGCAUAGAAAUCUCAAAGUAUCUCAAAUAUUUAUCUCGUUUAUAGCAUAUGGGAGAGGAAGAUUCCUUUCUCUCAUUUUCCUCCUAUGAUGAUAAAGACCAGCAAGGGGAUGUACAGGGAGUUUCACAAUGACUUGUGUAACCAAGACCAAUCUCCAGACUUUCGAGUCUGAUGUCUUCCAGUCUGGCAGUCUCACAACUCUUCAUGUUCCUAAGCUUUGUACUUUUAGUUUUCCACCAAUGAUUAUUUUAGCCAUAUCUCCAGAUGACUAACAUGCAUAGUAGCCUUUAAACCUAGUAUUAACCACAGCCGUAUUAGCAAGCUCACAGGGCCUUAUAUGUAGGCUCUCAUGGAUAAUAUUUAAUAAUGAUGAUGUACAGGGGGAAAAGGUAAAAAAAUUGAAACUAAUAUAUAUGCUUCACUUAACAUGCUAUUUCUCCUGAGCUUUGAAUAUGAAAUAGGCAUUGUCUCACACUAUAAAUUUGAGGUCCGGCAGUUCUUAAUUUACUCUUUUCAUGCUAAGUUUGGAGUAUCUAAAAUUAUUAUCAUCAUAAAAAAUUAUUCAGACCAUAUAGAAGGACAGAGUUUGGACUGAUAAACAGAGCUACAAGCAAUACUUCUUGCUUACUGAAUAGAUUAUUUUCCAUUUUAACUACUGUAGAGGUGUUAAGUCUGUUCUUAGCCACUGGUUGGAAAUAUCUAAAGCUCAGCAGAAUAUCUCUAAUGAAACACAAAUGAAAGUGUUGAAGGUUUUCUUACUCUUAGUAUGAGAUUCAAUUCUGAUAGAUUUAAUUAACCACUCCAUAUCCAGAAACAUUAUCUGUUUAUCUUUCUGCAUUUCAAAAUGCAAAAAAAGAAAAAAAAAAAGUUGAUUUACCUUAUAAAGAGAUCUCAUGGCGUUUAUCUAUAUCUCUCAGUCCAUCAAUCAACAUGUCUAUCCAGAAUGGCCAUGUUUAUUCUGUCAAAUAUUAAAUAGUGAGUUUUAAUAUUACAGCAAAGGACAUAUCUAUUUGGAAAGUUAUACAGAUAAGUCACACGAAGAUAGAGAGUUUAUAGUUCAUUUUGUUUUACUAGAAGCAAUUACAGAAUACUUUAACUGGAACUUUGGCUUCUAUACAGUUUAGAUGCAGUAAAAAUAUUUUUAACAAACAUUUGAAAAAAACAAUUUUAUGAAACUCUGAGAGAUCCAAUUAUACAAUGUUAUGGAGAGAUACUAACAUGCUGAGGUUUUCCAGAACAACAAGAAAAUCAAUUAAUGUAGCACCACAUCAAUUUAAAAAGCAAUUUAUCAACUUUUCCUACCAACUCAGGGUCAAAUUUCAUGGUGUCAAAAACUUAAAGUAAUUGCUGGAAUGAACUUUGAUUAACAGUAGCACAAAUUUGAAGGAAAUGUGUUAAGGUUCCUUGAGGUCAUUCUUAUAAGACUAAGAAAAGGAAAAUAUAUUGGCUUCACAAAUGGCCAAGACCUUUUUAAAACCAGCUAGCUUACAAAUCCAACUGACUUGUUGUUACCAUACUACACAGUUAAGAAUCAUGAGAACAACUUGUUCCGAAUCUUCUGGCUGACUCCCCAAGCAGAGUGAGCAUUGAGUAUCUUCUGUGAUUAACAUAUAAACUGUUUUAUUGAGUUUUGGCUUCCUUUCUCUCUGUUCCAUGAGAGAAAAGAAAAGAAAAAAUUCCUUUUUUCUUUUUAAUAGAUUUAUGGUCAAUAUAAAUUUUUCCUCUCAAGGUAUGUAUUUUGAGAAAAAAGAAAAUGGACAUUGAUUUUAUAGUAUUUUUCUGUACUUAAAUCUAUACCCAAGUAGUAUAUGUUUUUAUAUUUUCAAAAAAGAAUUCCUUAUGUUAUUAUCUAUAUUUCACUAUUUAGGUUAUUUAUUGUACUAAUAGAUUAACAUAUGCCAAGAGUUCAUUUUCAUUUUCUUUAAAUGGAUUCACAAAGGAAAGCCUGAAAGAGCUUGAGUUUUAUAAAGAGAAGAUGAAGAUUUUACACAUGAUGACUUUAAUUGAUGUUAACAAUAUUAUCUCCUUGAAAUUUCUUAGGAGGGAAGCAGAUUUGUGGAUCAAAGGAGUUUUAAACAUAAAACAAAUGCACAUGUACUGGAUUGUUAGAGCCCCAUUCUUUCUGAAAAGCACAUUUUAAAAAAUUUUUUGCUCUUUUUUGAAUAGUAUUGUUAUUGGAUCAAAAUCGAAGUAGUGUUCCUUGAUUGGCAACGUUCAUAUUUUUUUAUAUUCAUUCAGGAAACAGCAGAAAAGAACACUUAUUUUUAACUCAUUAAAAUUUAAAGUAAAGCUCAGACAUGACAUCUUUGGCUUUCUCAAAUGGAUGCUGAAGGCUGGAAAAUUGAGCCUGGCUUGCACCUAGUAUUAAUUUUCUACAGCAUUAUAUAAAUCAUCUGCCUGUGCUGUCUCACAGAAAAUAUGAAUAGUGGAAAAAUUAUUUCCUCUUUUUGAGAUAUUGUGGCUUUUGGCUCUCCAGGUCUAGAGACAAAGGGUGCAAAAUAGAAUUACAUGUGGCAAAUAGCAUUUCCAACCACGUUAAGUGGAACAGGACCCUUGGAUCCACCAUGUUGGAACAGAGCCUCCCAUGCAAAGUCAUUGACAAGUAUGACUGUAAAUAUCCUUGUAAUACUUUUGUGUCUCUCUCAUUUCUUUAAAGUAGAUUAUGAAACAUCAACAUCAGUCAAUGCAACAUUUUUCUGAGCUAAUACGCCAUAUGCAUAAUGUAGUGCCAAUAUUAUAAACUGUUGAGAAAAAUUUUAACCACGUGAGUAUAGCUUUAAACAUUUUCAUAUUUCACUCAUUUUCACAUAUACCUCAAGUCAAUGUUUGCCGAUAUUCAAUUUUGGCAUUUUUGCUCAAAAGGGCCAAAAUUUUGCACUGAAUAAGCAUAUGAAUGAACAUUUCUGCAAUGGUUAAUAAAUUUUUCCAUUCUUUUUCAUAAAUCAUCAUGGGAAUAAAACUAGCUGCUACUCCCACCAAAAUUACACUGGGAAGCAAGAAUAACAUUUCCCUUGCCCUUUCCUUCACCCAAUAAACUAAAUUUGUUUUUUAAAAUAGUUAUCAAUUUAAUACUAUCUUUAAUCAUGAGAGAACAAAAGUUCCUUCCCCUUUAAAAAAAAAUUCUAUACCCUCUCAAAUAGUUUUUUAUUUAAAACUCUACCACACAAUCUUUUUAUUCAAAACUCUACCCUUUUCAAAUUUCCAAAAGAGAUGGAAAAAAAUUGCUUUGUUUCUUCAGGAGCAGAAUUAGUUUAAGAAUAUCACAGAAAUUUAUCUUAAAUUAUUUACAAGGAUCCUGGAAAGCCACAUCACUGAAAAUCAAGAAUAGCUAAGAAAAACUAAGAAUUGUGCCCACUAGAAAUUUGAUUCCUUACUACUUUUUUAAAAAAUCUGUCUUGAUAGCAGUUUGUAAUAAUAACUGGUAGCAUAUACAGUAUCAUUUCUUCAUGACAUGCCACUAGCAGCCAAUCUUGGUAAACAAACUGAUUAAAAGAUUAUCUGUCAUCCAGGGUUUCAUCAUCUUCUACAGUGAUUCACUUGUUUGGAAUCAAGGCACAGUCUGAAGUCACUGAAUGGAGUUGAUGAGGCUAAUGCUUCACAAAUAGAAAAUGAAAAUCAUCUGAAAGCCAGGGAGAAAAUCCUCACUGAUUAUUGCCAACUUGUUGGUAGGAUUCUAAUCGUAUGGUCUCCAUGCAUGAAUCACAGAAACCAUCGGUUGCGGCAAAGCAUAUCACUUCCUCCAGUGGCAUGAGCCCUCUGCUGUACCCUCUAUUCACCUGGUGACGGUGAUGACAAAGACACUUACUCCUGCUGCAGUCAUGACCACACAGGCUUUUCUCCUUGUCUUUGGUUGCUUGAUUUUGUCAGUGUUUUCUACCAUCCCUGAGCACACAAAAUUGGCCUCAAGUUGCCUCUUGAUUCUGGAGUUCGUGAUGAUUGUCGUCUUUGGUUUGGAGUUCAUCAUUCGAAUCUGGUCUGCGGGUUGCUGUUGUCGGUAUAGAGGAUGGCAAGGAAGACUGAGGUUUGCUCGAAAGCCCUUCUGUGUUAUAGAUACCAUUGUUCUUAUUGCUUCAAUAGCAGUUGUGUCUGCAAAAACUCAGGGUAAUAUUUUUGCCACGUCUGCACUCAGAAGUCUCCGUUUCCUACAGAUCCUCCGCAUGGUGCGCAUGGACCGAAGGGGAGGCACUUGGAAAUUACUGGGUUCGGUGGUUUAUGCUCACAGCAAGGAAUUAAUCACAGCUUGGUACAUAGGAUUUUUGGUUCUUAUUUUUUCAUCUUUCCUUGUCUAUCUGGUGGAAAAGGAUGCCAAUAAAGAGUUUUCUACAUAUGCAGAUGCUCUCUGGUGGGGCACAAUUACAUUGACAACUAUUGGCUAUGGAGACAAAACUCCCCUAACUUGGCUGGGAAGAUUGCUUUCUGCAGGCUUUGCACUCCUUGGCAUUUCUUUCUUUGCACUUCCUGCCGGCAUUCUUGGCUCAGGUUUUGCAUUAAAAGUACAAGAACAGCACCGCCAGAAACACUUUGAGAAAAGAAGGAACCCAGCUGCCAACCUCAUUCAGUGUGUUUGGCGUAGUUAUGCAGCUGAUGAGAAAUCUGUUUCCAUUGCAACCUGGAAGCCACACUUGAAGGCCUUGCACACCUGCAGCCCUACCAAUAAGUUCUGUAGUAAUAAGCAGAAGCUCUUCAGAACGUACACCUCACGGAAGCAGAGUCAGAAGCUAAGUUUUAAGGAGCGAGUGCGCAUGGCUAGCCCCAGGGGACAGAGUAUUAAGAGCCGACAAGCCUCAGUAGGUGACAGGAGGUCCCCAAGCACCGACAUCACAGCUGAGGGCAGCCCCACCAAAGUGCAGAAGAGCUGGAGCUUCAACGACCGAACCCGCUUCCGGCCCUCACUGCGCCUCAAAAGUUCUCAGCCAAAACCAGUGAUAGAUGCUGACACAGCCCUUGGCACUGAUGAUGUAUAUGAUGAAAAAGGAUGCCAGUGUGAUGUAUCAGUGGAAGACCUCACCCCACCACUUAAAACUGUCAUUCGAGCUAUCAGAAUUAUGAAAUUUCAUGUUGCAAAACGGAAGUUUAAGGAAACAUUACGUCCAUAUGAUGUAAAAGAUGUCAUUGAACAAUAUUCUGCUGGUCAUCUGGACAUGUUGUGUAGAAUUAAAAGCCUUCAAACACGUGUUGAUCAAAUUCUUGGAAAAGGGCAAAUCACAUCAGAUAAGAAGAGCCGAGAGAAAAUAACAGCAGAACAUGAGACCACAGAUGAUCUCAGUAUGCUCGGUCGGGUGGUCAAGGUUGAAAAACAGGUACAGUCCAUAGAGUCCAAGCUGGACUGCCUACUAGACAUCUAUCAACAGGUCCUUCGGAAAGGCUCUGCCUCAGCCCUCGCUUUGGCUUCAUUCCAGAUCCCACCUUUUGAAUGUGAACAGACAUCUGACUAUCAAAGCCCCGUGGAUAGCAAAGAUCUGUCAGGUUCUGGACAAAACAGUGGCUGCUUAUCCAGAUCAACCAGUGCCAACAUCUCAAGAGGGCUGCAGUUCAUUCUGACGCCAAAUGAGUUCAGUGCCCAGACUUUCUACGCGCUUAGUCCUACUAUGCACAGUCAAGCAACACAGGUGCCAAUGAGUCAAAGUGAUGGCUCAGCAGUGGCAGCCACCAACACCAUUGCAAACCAAAUAAACACGGCACCCAAGCCAGCAGCCCCAACAACUUUACAGAUCCCACCUCCUCUCCCAGCCAUCAAGCAUCUUCCCAGGCCAGAAACUCUGCACCCAAACCCUGCAGGCUUACAGGAAAGCAUUUCUGACGUCACCACCUGCCUUGUUGCCUCCAAGGAAAAUGUUCAGGUUGCACAGUCAAAUCUGACCAAGGACCGUUCUAUGAGGAAAAGCUUUGACAUGGGAGGAGAAACUCUGUUGUCUGUCUGCCCUAUGGUGCCGAAGGACUUGGGCAAAUCUUUGUCUGUGCAAAACCUGAUCAGGUCGACUGAGGAACUGAAUAUACAACUUUCAGGGAGCGAGUCAAGUGGCUCCAGAGGCAGCCAAGAUUUUUACCCCAAAUGGAGGGAAUCCAAAUUGUUUAUAACUGAUGAAGAGGCGGGUCCCGAAGAGACAGAGACAGACACUUUUGAUGCCGCACCGCAGCCUGCCAGGGAAGCUGCCUUUGCAUCAGACUCCCUAAGGACUGGAAGGUCACGAUCAUCUCAGAGCAUUUGUAAGGCAGGAGAAAGUACAGAUGCCCUCAGCUUGCCUCAUGUCAAACUGAAAUAAGUUCAUUUUCUUUCCAGGCAUAGCAGUUCCUUUAGCCAUACAUAUCAUUGCAUGAACUAUUUCGAAAGCCCUUCUAAAAAGUUGAAAUUGCAAGAAUCAGGAAGAACAUGAAAGGCAGUUUAUAAGCCCGUUAUCUUUUAAUUGCAUGAAAAUGCAUGUUUAGGGAUGGCUAAAAUUCCAAGGCGCAUCGACAUUAACCCACUCAUUUAGUGAUGUACCUUGAGUUAAAAAGCCUGAGAAACCAAACACAGCUAACGCUAUGGGGUGUAUGAAUAUGUCAAGUUUAGGCCAUUUAGAAGAUUUGACACUGUAUUUUGAAAUUAUGGGAGUAAACACCUACAAAUUUCAGGCAUUUCUGCUUUGUGAGUAAAUACAAACUGCAUUUUCAAGAUUAGGCCAUAAUGUAUAUUUAAACACAAUGGUUAUCAACCGCUGCUAAUAAGGUAUCAACUAAAGCAGAAUUGGGGAAUAAUAGAAAUGGAUGCUUAUGUCAAGAUAUAUUUGCCAACUCAUUCCUACUCAGUCAUUUUAUUAUUAAUGUAAUUUGGAUGUCAAUUUGUGUGCUUUUGGUGAUUUAGCACUGUGGCAAGCAAUUUUGCACAUCAUUUUCAUGUUGUUCUUUAUGACAAGAAUGUUCUUCAAUUAGAAAAUGUGCAAAUAAUGAAAUUCAGGGCCAGUGGGGCAAAUAGACUAUGUGACAUAUUUGACUUUAGGAAAACAUAUUCCCUGAUGGCAGAAUCAACUUUAUGAGUGGUCAACUUCUACACAAGCAUAUGAAAUACUGAUCAGUAGAACAAAUAUUGUGAUUGGGCUGGUUUCUCUGCAGUGGCGCCAACCCCAGGCUUGGCGAUACUGCCCACAUAAAGGGCAAGUGUGAGAAGCUAUUCUCAUUUUGCUGACAUAUAGGUAGGACCCUGGGGGAUGGGACAUUUGAGUGGGACUGAGAUAGGAAAGGCUUGAAAAUAAUCCAGAAACAACACCAGGAAGUUGGCAAAGUAAAAGAAAAUGACAUCCCCAUCAAAGGGCAAUGAGCAGGAGAGAAACAAACCAAAAUAGAAGAACUAGAUUUUUUUUUUAAUGAGUAUUCUUAGGGAAUUCAACUACCUAAUCUUCCCUUAUUCUUAUAUAUAAGCAGAGAACUUUUGCAAGGUAUUUAUUUUUGAAUAUGCCCUGAAUGUCUUUUGCUAUUAUGUGUACAUUUUGCAUAUGAAAGUCUAAAACGAAACUUCCUUUUUCUACUGUUGUGAAAAUUUUCUAUUCUUCCCAAGAAUGUCGUCCCAAAUCUGAAAUUACUGGUUCAGUUUCCUGAUGUGAACAUUUACCAUUAGAAGCUAGAUAGUACUGGCAGGGUCUGCAAAUCAGAACACUUAAGUAUAUCAUGGCAGCAAAAAGACCAAGGGAAACAAAGUGACAAAAGUAUUUAUCAGAAAGCAAGCAAUGCUACUGACUGCUUGUUAGAAACCCAUCUAGUUAUCUCAGGCCGUCAGAACUUCAGCCAAAGUAAUGACAUUCAAAAGAAAAGGACAUACGAGAUAGCAUUUCAAUUCAAUUAAACCCUAGCCACAGGAGGACUCAAGAAAGGAAGUUUUUUCCUUGGCGGACAUUAAUAGUGCUCCAGAAAUACUUCUCCAGCAGCCAGGCAGAGUGAGCAGGGUUAUCCAGUGGAUGUUCAAAGUAAGGAGGAGGCCCUGAACUCCACCAGACCUCCCAGCCCUCCCCAACAGGCUUUCUCCAUCACUGACUCUCCCCUACUUUUCUUCUUCAUUAACUCCUUAUUCAUUCCCUGCCAGUAUUUUCCUUCUGAAUUUCACGUCUUAACCAGCCUCCAUCCCCAAGGAAACCAGUUCUCAGCUUUACCUAAAAUGUGCUUCUCAACCUUUUAGAACUUUGUCCCUUUUGAUAAACAUGGACAUUUUUAAACCUCCAUCUUCCCAUCCCACUUGGAUUCUAACACAGUCGGAAUCAUUUAGAAUCUUUUUGGCUGCUGGAGACACGUAGAAGAUAGAGGCUAAAUUUUACACCCCAGUUAAGACUUUGUCAAUCCUUUAAAGCAAGUGUUUUCAUUUUAAAAAUAUAGAAUGUUAGUAAAUUAUGAAAUUCAAGUUUUCAUCUUCACUGAACUGAAGUUGUAAUUCCCCCUCCCAAGAAUACUACUGCAUACAAACACACACAAUUUCCACUGACCUAAAGCCAGACACCUGCCAUGACUGGGCAGGCUCUCCCCCAGUAUUAACAGAGGAAAAGGAGGGAGGCAGCAACUUUCAGGUAGCACUGAUUCUUGGACAUAAUCUGUCCUGGGUCGAACCCCACUGGCAGCAGGAAUUCUGAAUGUAUUGGGGACCCCUCCUUGUUAAGCCUCAAACACAGUACAGCUCAUCCAGCAUUGCUAAAGACCGAAGAUUCAGAACAAAACCUACACACAGCACUGAGGUCUUAAUCAUAGCAAAACGUGAUAAACCGUGUUGUGAAAAGCUUUUAUACAUUGAAGCCAUGACCAUUUUGUGUCUAUCUUACUCUAGCACAAAAAUUUGGGGUUGUUAAAGGAUAGUUGUAUUAUGUGGAAACUAUAAGGUUCUGUCUGUCAUGUUACUCUCUAUGGAAAUGAGAGGGGUCUCCCAUUUACACUAAGCAAAGUUCCUUUGGUCAAUCUUAAAUGAUGUCUUGAAGCACAAUUUAGCUGAGCGCUGAGUGGCCAUAUGCUUUCUCAGUACAAGUGUGUCUGCCCUCUUCAACAUGUAGGGUUGAUCAAGCUAAUAUUUAAUUGCAAAUAUCCCUUGUAUGAAGUUAACUAAAAAAAUUUUGCUAUGUCUGAUCUAAACGUUUGCAUUCUGUUCAACUAAAUUAAUAUUUGUAGAUUGCAAGUUUUCUUUAAAAUAGCUUUAUUGAGUUUUUAAGUCCUGAUCUGUUCUAAGGUGCCUUUCUCACCUCCCACUGAUUUAUCGAUUCUCAAACUUCUUAAUUUGCAAGAAAAAUAAGUCUAAUAGAGAGGAGGAAAUCAGGCACUAAGUGACCAAUUCUCAUGCCCAUUUGCAAAGCAAAACUACAAGGAAUGAUGAAACCUGGGCAACUAAAUUAAUGGAUCAUUUCACUAAAUCAGAUUGAGGAAAUAGAAAUAUUAACUUGUCUCCCUUGAAGCUGAUAUUUUUCGCCUUAAAUGACAUGGUUGUGUUUUUGUAAGAGAAACUUAAUCUAAUAUAAUUAUGUGCAUUUAAGUGAGCAGUUCUAAAAGUCAUGUAUGACAAUGCAAUUGUCUGUUUCCUGAAAACAAAUCAGGAACGCCAUAUCCAUUUCAAGCUACCAUUAAAGUGUAAUUUAUUUUGCUCUCCUUUACUGGGAUUAUUUGUUUUAAAGUAAACAUUAAAAAGAUGUCUAUAAACAGCUA